AUUUGAUGCAAAAGAACGCGAUGGGAUUUGGUUUUAUUGUAUCAACAUUGUGGUGUGUGGUCUUGUCCUCGGCAAACGCCGUAAGUCAUCGGGAGAGUCUAGUGCGGAAAAGUAACAUAGUUGAGGCAAGGCAAAUUGCUGCUAAGAAGUGCAAUGGUCUUCCAGAUCUAUGUGACCUACGAAUUGAUCAAGUAACAUAUCCUGCCAGUCACAAUGCAGGAUCCGGAUUUGAUGGUCUUCUCUAUUGGGGGAGUGGUGGAGCAGCACCUUCCUGUUCCAUUCGAAACCAUGACAAGAGCUACUCCGAACAGUUAGAGUAUGGUAUACGUUAUUUUGACGUAGAUACCUGCUAUGGAGAUAAAGAAGGCGAAGCUUUGAAUUGUCACUGCGGAGCUGACUGUGGCUACACAGGUUCUAUUAAGAAAGGUCUUGAGCAGAUUGACCGCUGGAUGCAGUCCCAUCCAAAUGAAGUUGCACUGAUCCACUUUAACCACAAUGUGCAAAAAGGUUACGAGGCAAAGAUUGCUCGAAGCAUCGAAGAUACACUCUUGAAAUUGUGGCCAUCAAAUGCUCACGGCAAACUUGCGAUGAAUAGCUUUUAUAAUACUUAUCAUUAUUGGCCAAAGCUUAAGGACGCAAUUCAAUCAAAUGAAAGAAUCUUUAUUCUCGUGGCGGAAUACCUGUAUCAAAAUAUGCCUUCCAAGGAUCAAGGGAUAGUGCUUAGCAAAGGACUCAUUGCCUCCACCUGGGGUACGAAUCCAGUGACGUCAAGUUGCUCGGGUAUAACACAACAUGCUAAAGAUAAGUGUAGCACAAGCACAACUUUCAUUGACCUUUCAGCUUUCGGCAGUUAUGGCUUAUGUACUUGGGAAAUGGCAACGAUUUGUUCCAAGUGGCUUGGAGAAGCCGCAUUUGAAUGCCUCAAGUUAAGGAAAACUUUGGGUAAGACGGUGAAUUUCUUACUUGUGGAUUGGGCUGAAUACUAUUCAGGUGGAGAAUCUGUCAUCAACAAGGCCAAAUUCAUGAAUGAGGAAAAUAUCAAAACAUACUUGGGCAAAAGUAUCUUCUUUCCAGAACUGACAGGUUGCUCUUAUCAUUCCGGUUGGUUUUAUAACUACUGCUGGAAGUAUUGUCCCAAAUAUGGAUGGUGUUGGAUAAAUAAGUACUGUGGUAAGGAUCCCGAUAUUUGCAAGAAGCAAGACUACCCGUGUUACUCUAGCUGUGGCUAG